AUUAGACUCAUGACCAGACCUAGAUUUAGACUUCAUUCGCUGUACAUAAUAAUCGUGUACAUUUCCUUACAUUAAAUUACUAUUUUGUAGUUUUUAUCUUGUAUGAGGGAAAAUGCAAAUGGAAGAAAAGAAUCAAGAAAUAUGGAGAGAGAUAACAGACCCAAACUAUGGAUAUUUUGUUAUUUGUCUGUCUGUGAUUUUUUUCUAUGUUUUAUCGAUAGUUUCAAUGUUUUUCCAAUCUCCAUCUGUUGCUCAAAAAUCAAAGUGGAAAUGGAAGAACAUUUCAGUUUCUUUCGUACACUCAAAUAUCAGCAGUAUUUGGGCAGUUUCAUGGUAAAGUUAUUUUAUUUUUUAACUUGAUUAUUGAUACUAAUAAUAAUAAUAACAGAAGGCUAAAUAAACCUGGUUAAGGAUGCGACAACGUCUUUUCGGGUGUCUACGUGUGGGAGUCACUUCCCUUUGUUUAUUUUUAGAGAAUUAUAUUUUUAUUAGGGUCAAAGCCCUGGUUCCUAUAGGGAUAGGGUCAAAACCCUUGUUUCUAUAGGGUCAAAACCCUGGUUCCUAUAGGGUCAAAACCCUGGUUCCAACAAGGUCAAAACCCUGCUUAGUUGAGGGUUCAGGUUAGGUUUAGGGAUAGAUUUUCCAAAAAAUACUAUUCAUUUUUUUUCAUUCCUUCAUUUUAAAAAAAAAUUAACAUAUUUUUCUCCCUCCCCUUCCUUUUUAAUAACACAUGUUUUGCACUACUUUUUUGAUCGCCAUCUUGAUUGACACUUCACGUGACUUCACGGUUCGUGUCUACCAAGAUGGCGGCCAUUGAGAAAAUUUUGGCAUCCUCUCUCAAAAGUUACCUAACAUUAAUAAUAAUAUCAUUAUUUUGUCUUGUCUUUGUAUUUCAAGCUGCCACAUUGACCGCAUACUAUGUCUUGUUCUCAACGCUGGCUUUUAGGGUGUGCAACUUGUGCCCUCGCACAUGGUGCCGUGGCCAUAGGGGGCCCAGUAAAUAUUUAAAUUCUCUUCGUUUAUUAAAGUGAAGUGUGAACCUCGGGUCCGGGGUCGAGAAACGGUAUUCUAACUUUUUGUACAAUAACUUUUCAUACGAUGAGUUUUCAUACAAUGAAAGGGGAUCCGAAAAGGUGCUUCGCACAGGGCAAAAGUUUACCUAAGGCUGGCGUUGAUGUUCUUCUAUUUAAAAUAGUAAAUAGGUCUACCGGUCUACCAUCAAUCAACAUAGUCACAAAAUUUUAAACUUAAGCAAAGCCAAAGCCAAAUGGAAAAAAUUCCAUAGUGAAACCUUAUCAAAAUCAAAGUAUUUUAAGUUUUAACUUUACCUCUUGAUAAUUCUAUUGUUCUGCACUGUGUGUUGUCAGUAUAGGCUAUAAUUUUAGGCACUUCAGUAAAGCAAUGGAGACUGCAUCAAAAUUUGUAUGGGAAAUGGCCAUUGUCACAGAAGAAUCCAAUUUUUUAAUUUUUUGGACGUUGGUGCUUUUCCUUUAAAAAAAAAAGGACUAUUUUGUCAUAAAAUUGUGGUGAGCUUCGCAAUAUGCAUUAGUGUUGCUGGUCACUGGAUGCUAGCAAUUUUCAAUUUUCUUAUACCAUAUAUAUGGUAUACAUAAAUAUAUAUAUAUCAUUAACAUGGCAAUAGCAUCCUAUUCUUCCUUCAGUUAAGUCAAUUGCUUCACUUAUUAAAUGAAUGUUCAAAUACAUUGCUAUUAUUAAAUUCUACGACAGAACUUAGAUAUGAUCCACAAACAUGCACUCAAACACACACUUUGGCUCUUCAGCGUUAUCAGCUUGUGAAAUGAAAUAUUUACUGUACAUAGAAAAGUGCCACAGUCAUAACCAAAGAUAUGCAUCUUGCUAGGAAAAUAUUUACACAAAAUUCCCAGCAAGUACAUUAUUAUUUUCAGAGCUUUGCAGAUUCCUUUAAAUUACAUUUAGUUUCACAUCAGUCAGUUUUCUAUUAUUUAUUUCAUCAGGUAAAAUGUACAAACUAUUAUGUUAAAAAGAUGUACUGGUUCUAUGCAUGCACUUUUCAUUUCUCCCCAAUGAGUGGAACACAUUUUAGAAAAUGAGAAGAUAUCUCCCCCCUUUUUUUUUUUUUUAUUUUUUUUUUUAAACCCGAAUCCAGUUCUGUUUUUUAGUAGGAUCCAGGUAUGUGCAGGGUGGGGUAAUAUUUUGCAUUGGGGGUAUACGGGUCAGUACUAGAUUUGGUCCUCCUGUAUAGUAUAUCCCAUUGAUGUGGCGUUUCAAAACUUUGAUUUCAAGAAAUAAAAUAAAUGUUGAAACCUAUCGUAUGGUAUAGGCUGUUAUUAGUAAAUCCUGGCAUGCCGCAUAAUUAAGGCAUUAAUAGGCCAAUUUUGGAACAUUUCCUACUAUAUGCCAAGUUAAAAUCAAAUCAAUAGGUGAAGGUGCCAUUAUAAUCUAACAAUAAUGAAUAUGAUUUGUUUGCCACUGCCCCUCGACCUCACUGAAACAGAGGAUAUUGUUUUACAUUAUAUUUAUUUACUGAUUUUUCAGGCAUUUGAAUCAGAUUUAUAUACUGAUCUAUCAGGCAUUUUUUAUGCCUUGUUUUUAUAUACUGAUAUUGCGGGCCUUUGUAACGCAUCGUUUUACUAAUGAGCCAAUUUAAAGUCAACUUCAUUUCUUAAAUCUUAUAAUGACUCUUAUUAAGAUCAAAGUAGAAACCAUAGGUAACAAUUUUUUUCUCCAAUUAAUUGUUAUUUAUAAUCUUUAGCUUCUAUGAACGACCUGACAUGGCCGAAGAUCUCAUCACAAUAUUUACACCAUUGUCACACAAUCUUGUUGCCUUUUCUGUUGGUAAAUAUUUUUAUUUACUCCCUGAUAACAUUCUCUAAAAAUGUAUUAAAUAAUGACUAUGUCAUUCAUUGCUCUUUUAACGAAAUUUUAGUAUAAGAUGAGCCAAUGUUUUUACAGGAAAUUCAAAUGUGUCAAAUAUUUAGUGCGAGGAAAUAUUUCAAAAUAAUGAAACUAAUUUUUCCAAACCACAGACUGUGCAUGUCAAUGUUGGUGUACAAUUUAGUUCACAUUUGUUUUUAAUUGCUCUUUUUUAAAAAAUCUAUUUCAACAGGUUACUUUGUUCAUGAUCUAAUUGACCUAAUUGCAAAUCAGAGAAAGAGGCAGUCAUUAGAGCUCAUAGGUCAUCAUAUUGUGGUGAGUUUUCUUUUUAUUCAAUGAAAAAAAAAAUGUACACCCAUUGUACACAAUUAAUUAUAUUCAUCCGCACUGUAACAAAGGUUUGAUGAUUCAGAAAGGUUGAUUUUGUGUUUUAACCCACGAACUGUGGCGUGCAUUAUUCUGUGUUGUUGAGCUUUUCAGGGCAUUUUGGGUGACAUUUUAAAUUACAUUAAAUGACAUAGAAAUAGUGAUACAAUGCCCCAAUAAGUAUAUAUUUUUAUAAAGGUAAAUGGAUGGGGAUAAAGUUGGCCGUAUUGCCCACCCCGUAAAAAAAUUUUGCUCAGUGUCCUUGACCUUGGAAUUCUCAAGAAAAAAAAAAUCGACAAAUGUCUUGCUUUCAAGUACUCAUAACAUCAUUAAUUUUUAUAGAUACACUUAAAACACAAAUCUAAAUGUUGUAGCAAAUUCAUUUAUCUUUCAGAAAAUGUAUAGUUUGCUAAGGUUUUGAUUGCAAUUAAACAUCUGAAAGCAAUUUUAGUAAUUUUGGGUCAUUUAUAUAAGAAACUGGGGACCACUGCUAAAACCAAGUACAAAAUACGAAAUCUCAGGCAAAAUAGUUAUUAUUGACUAGUAAACAUUUAAAAAGGAACUGUGGAACUGAUUUGGUUUAAUUAACUAUAAAAUUUAUUAGUUCUGAACUAUAAUCUGUAGAUUCUGUGACUAAAAUUCAGUCAGUCCUUGCCCAACCUCCGGGCCUGGCUCGAAGUCUAACAGGAGCCUAAAUAGGCCUACUUCAGUAUCACUAAAACUAGUAAAAAAUUCAUGAAAAGAAUAAUCUCAACUGAUAUCGUCAUGGGGAAUGUUAAAAUCAACAUCAGUGUCACUUAAAACCUCUCCUAAAAAGCUUUCAAACAUAUUUCUAUUAGUUCUUGCACUGGAGGCCCAGCCAUAGCGUCAUCCAUUUUAGCUUUUAAAAAAACGGCGAUAUAAAACUCCGAUUAAAAAGUAUUUAUUUUCCCUUUACCACGAAAGAGCUUGAACCGGAAGAUGAUUUAACUCUUAAUAAAAGGAAGUGGCUACAAUUCCGGUUAAAUAUUGGAUUGGAAAUUCCUUUCAAACCAUGUUUUUUAUCGGGCGAUUUUUUCGGCCGCCACAGUACAGAACGAGAAUGUCUGCCGAUUUUUUCGGCCGACCACAGUUCCUGGGUUAAAAAUAACGUCAAAGUUGUCUUACAUUAAUUUUGUCCAUUGUUAAGGAUCAAGCUGAUCAGAAUGGUUCCUCUGUCUGUUUUGAUCAUUAAAGGAAUCUAUGGUUUAGUUAGAAAUAAGGUUAUUCCAGUUUUAUGUAUUCCAAUUAUUUUUAAUUGUGCAAAGGUCAAAUGUGGUGUUUUUUUAAGAUUCAGAAAAAAUAAAUGUUUUAAAAUUAUCCAAGUCAGGGUCUUCCAAUUUAAUAACUGACACAAACCACCUGUGUUCUGAUCUAAGAAAUAUGAUUACGUUUACUAUCUGAAAACUGUUGAGAAUAGCUGGAAUAUGAUCAUAAUUGAAUAGAAAUGCAAAAAUAAAAAUGACCUUAAAUUUUAAUAGUUUGAAAGGUUCUGUAAAUAUAUUGUAACACUGAGUAGUUGUGACUUUGGCUCAGUCAACUAAAUAAAAAAAAAGAUAAAAAAGUUUGUUUCAUGUUUUUCAAACUCUUACUUGGAAUGAAUAUAAACCAUUGAUUUUUCCCUAGAUAAUUACAUGCUUCAUGGUGGCCGUCUCAUCACGUCACUAUGUCGGCUACGCUGUUGUUGCGUUGAUGGUGGAACUCAAUAGUAUAUUCCUGCAUCUUCGGCAGUUGUUGCAAAUUUGUGGCGUCAGCAAAUUUAACCCAUGGUAUAGAUUCAACAGUCUUAUAAACCUAGGUGGGUCAUGUCUUUAAUGCUUAGACAUUUCAUAUCAUUACAUUUUGAAUAGGUCAAAUCAUUACUAACUAUUGAGUUGGUCAAAACAGUAUCAUAUAAAACUUUAAGUAAGUCAUUUCCUUGCAACUUGAGUAGGUCAUUUUAUUAGAACUUGGGAAGCUCAUUUCUUGCCUGGUCCAUAAAUUCUAGAUUGUAUUAUUUUUACUGCUGAAAAUCACAAUAGUUGAACAGUUAAGAGGGGGAAGACACCCAUUUAUAUAACAAAUUUCUUAGUGCUCGUACACUUUCUGGUUCCAUUACUUCUUUUCAGCACUCAAUGUAUUAGCCUCAUAAAAUGUCAUUGUAUUUUUAUUUUUUUGUGCAGCUCACAUUGAGCAAUUUUUUUUUAAAAAUCCCCAGAGACAUCCUCCAAAUUUGUAAUAUAUGAAAACUUAAACAACCCAUAUAUAUUGUCUCAUAUUGUUACUUGAAUGCUUUACUCAGAAAGGGAUUUUCAUGUUAUGAACAAGCAAAUAUUAAGCAAUGUUAUCAGAAUGCUAGGAAUUAAAUUUACAAAAAAUAUAUUGUUGAUAGUUGAUUCAUUAGCAUUUAGUAUCUGGAAGAUCAGCUAAAUAGAAUUAAAAUAUCAACAAUCAUAUUUUGUUUCAGCUACAUUCAUAGUUUUCCGUAUUCUCCUGCUGUCGUGGAUGACACGGUGGCUGGUCAUCAACAAAGAUGCCUUACCCCUGGUGUUUUACACCCUAGGCAGCGUAGGUCUGGCAGUGAUGGUUGCAAUGAACAUUAUUUUAUUUUAUAGACUCCUGCGAUCAGACUUUAUAUCUUUGAAGGAAACUGAUGACAGCAAAAAGGUGUCGACCUAAACUAAUAUCUACAUUUUUAUUAAAAAAAUCUGGUAAAAAUUAUUUUUGUUUUUUACAAGGCUUGUAAUUAUGUGAGUGAUUAUGCUUUAAAAAAAAAAAAGAAAUCAAAUUUGAAAUAACACAAUGUACUGCAUCAGUUAUUAUCAUCAAAUUAGUUUAUAUAAUUUUGUUUUAAACACAGUGUAUAAUAUUAUUUAUUGUUAGCUUUGUAGUAAAUGUUACUGUAUACUCCCUGUUACUGGAUGGCAUAAUAAAUGGACUUGAAUUUAUUUUCAUGAAAAUGAUUGUAACUGUUGGUUAGAAAAAUGUUUUAAAAAUAAGAAAAUAUUUUCACAAAGGUCAGGAGAAAUUUUUUUUUUUAGGGGAAACCUAUAACAAAAUAACUUUAGCCAUUUCAAAUGCGGCAAGCGGAGCCAGCAAAACUAUAUUCAGAUUCAAUUCCCCUGCUACUCUUUAAUAUGAUGUCACAUAGAAUUUAAUUUUUAUGAAGGACAAUGAAAAAGACUGAUGAAUCAAGUCAAAAAUUCAUAUUGUCAUGGAAAUUCAGCA